AUGGCCUCCAUCUCCAGAACGCUGGGUGACACCUUCAUCAAGGCGAAUUUGCGCGGAAUCGAUCUCAAUAAGCAGACAACGAAGCGCGAUGCCGAUGGCAACUUGGUAAGACCCAUCGAAGGCAUUCCUAUUCCAGAAUCUCAGGGAACGAUAGCAGCAGCCGUGUACAUCCUCUUGCUGUCCGUUUUCAUUCCCUUUGCCUUCGCAAGAGAAAAUCUAGAGUUGUUUCCUCACAAUGAAAUGGCAGAGUACUUGGCCGCGGUGCUCACCAUCACCUUUGCUUCUUUCAUGGGCUUCGCGGAUGAUGUGCUAGACCUCCGAUGGAGAUACAAAAUCCCAUUACCUUUUCUGGCCACACUUCCAUUGCUGCUAGUUUACUAUGCCAAUGGAAACGAGACUGGCGUUAUGGUUCCAAACCAGCUGCGCUGGCUGUUGGGCGAUGCAAUUGAUUUAGGAGUGUUCUUCUAUGUUUUCCUUUUGAUGCUUGCAGUUUUCUCUACCCAUGCCAUCAACAUCUAUGCUGGUGUGAAUGGGUUGGAGGUAGGCCAAGCGGUGGUCAUUGCCGGAUCUGUUUUGCUCUUGAACAUCAUCCAGCUGCACCGCAUCCCGGACCAGUACAAGAACUAUAGGGAUAGUCACGUGCAGUCAAUCUUUCUGAUCGUGCCUUUUCUGGCGGUAAGCAUGUCACUGCUGCGGCUCAACUGGUUUCCUGCCACGGUCUUCGUCGGCGAUACAUAUUGCUAUUUCGCAGGCAUGACCUUGGCCGUUGUCAGCAUCAUUGGACAUAUCAGCAAGACGAUGGUUCUCCUAUUGAUUCCGCAGAUUCUGAACUUCUUAUACUCCUGCCCACAGCUGUUCUCCUUCAUGGGCAUUCCGUGCCCUCGGCACCGAAUGCCGGCCUACAAUGCCUCGGAUGGGACAGCUCCUUGGCAUGUGCUAUGUACAAAAGACUGUAUCUGUACCUAG